UCCUCAUAGACUUUCGGUACAGCUCCCAGUUCACGUCGUAGCUGUCUGAGGGAAACGACUGUCUUGCCUGCCAUACUCCGCUACCGCCGUAGACGCUCUCUUUAUACGCUUCAGCCACCGCCAGUUGGUGGUCAUACUCGGCUCUUCUCUUCGGACUACUGAGAAUGCGAUAGGCUUCGCUCACGGCAACGAACGCUCUAGUGUCCGAAUCCGACUUCUGCUGGGGAUUGCUGUCCGGAUGAUACCGCUUGGAAAGGUUGACAAACGCGGCUCUAAUCUCCGUCCUGUUGGCACUUCUCCCAACUCCUAGCACCUGGUAGUGGGUCCUGAGGGACUCUUCCUUUGUGUACACCGUCCCAGUGUGCAGCGUCGAGUGUCUGGACUGCUGUACGACGCUCCUGCAGAACCUGCAAAAACAUCUCCGCAGCAGCAUUUGUUUUCCCCCUAAAUAGUGCACACCUUAAGUGCACGUGAGCUGUGCACCCCACCCAAAUUUUGCAGCGGCUAGGCUGGGAGGUCGUGAUCGUCGGUCACUCCGUCGUCUUUGUUCCUCGUCACUUGGUCUCAAGCGUGUGGUGUCUGGAUCACACCGCUCUCUGACGGUUCUGUGGGCCGUGCAUGUCGAAGAUCGAUAAGCGCUCUUACCAAGAGCUGGAAGGCAUGGCAUUAGAGAAAGGCGUUGGGAAAACUUUGCUGCAAAGCGAAGACGAGAUAGAGCGCGUGCCGGUGACGGGCGUGGCGACGAGCUGCUGUACCGUUGUCCUCACCAUCAUCUCAGGCCUCACUAUCCUCCUCCUCUUCCCCUUCUCCCUCCUCUACGUCAUCAAGGUGGUUCCGCAGUAUGAGAGGGCAGUGAUAUUUCGACUGGGGAGGAUCAAGGACGACGAAGCCAAGGGACCCGGAAUCUUCUUCCUGAUGCCUUGCAUCGACCAGUUUGUGCCGGUCGACGUACGAACCAAAUCCUUUGACGUGCCUCCACAACGGAUCCUGACCAAGGACAGUGUGACGGUCAACGUGGACGCCAUUGUCCAGUUCAGGAUCCGGGAUCCAGUGGCAUCCAUCAAAUUCGUCGUCAAUGCGGCCAACGCAACUCGUCUCCUUGCCCAGACCACUCUCAGGAACACCCUCGGAGGCCACACCCUCUCCGAGAUCCUCAGCUCCAAGGACACCAUCCAGAACCAGAUGUGUAAUGAUUUGGAUGAUGCGACUGAUAGGUGGGGCGUCGAUGUUCAGAAAGUGGAAAUCAAGGAUGUCCGUCUGCCUCGAGAGAUGCAGCGAGCCAUGGCUGCCGAGGCUGAGGCCACUCGUGAAGCCUCUGCCAAGAUUAUUUCCGCCAAGGGUGAGCUCGACUCCUCCCGUGCUCUGAAGGAAGCUGCGGACAUGAUUGCCACGCCCACUGCCCUCCAGCUGCGUUACCUUCAGACCCUGAACACCAUCGCUGCUGAGAGAGGCUCUACCAUCAUGUUUCCCAUCCCCAUGGAGAUCAUGGGCCACACUGCAAUGGGAGGUGCUGCUCCGCAGACCAGCAUCUGAAAGACUGUUCGCUAGUUAUGUCUACUAUAUACCAGGAAAAUAAAUGUGAAUGUAGCCGAUACAAAUUUACAGUGUGUAAAUAAAUUUUGCUAAAAGAAAAAUUGAAACAGCGGCUGCGCAUGCGUAUAUCCGUGCGAAUAAUUAGAACCGCGAAAUUCUGUAAAGGUGCGGCCGGCUGUGAGCGGAGUGCAGCAGCUAGUUGGCCAGCUUUCCAGCUCAAGAGGCUAGCUAGAGACUGAGCCAGAAGUCAGGAGAAGCCAAUCGACGCGAUGGCUUCGCACGCUGUGGUGGUGGACGAGGAAGAGGAGCCGAGAUCAAAGAUUGGAUCGCCGGGCCAAAGGAAGGACGUUGCUGACGAUGAUAGCGGAGACCUCGGCUGCUGCUUUUACAUCCUCGCCUUUUUCUCCUUCCUCAUCGUCAUCUUCUUCUUCCCCAUCUCACUCAUCUGGAGCGUGAAGAUUGUGAAGGACUAUGAGAGAGCUGUCAUACUGAGGCUGGGGAGGCUUGUUUCUACGAAAGCCAAGGGACCAGGUAUUUUCUUUGUCCUUCCCUGCAUUGAUGAUGUCCGGGUGGUCAACUUGAGAACUGUGACUUUUGAUGUCCCUCCACAAGAGGUGGACACACACCCAACCCAACUCAUUCUGACUAAAGAUUCCGUGACGUGUCGCGUUGACGCAGUGGUCUAUUUCAGAAUUAGCGACCCCAUCAAGUCGGUCAUAAGUGUCGAGAAUGCCCUCAACUCCACGUACCUGCGAGCUCAGACCACACUCCGCAACAUCCUCGGCACCAAGAACCUGAAGGAAAUCCUCUCCGAGAGGGACAUCAUCAGAGCAGAGAUGAGCGUGAGUUAACCCCUCUCGUUCGGGUUAAUUGUGUGCCAUGUGUGAUGACGAGUGGUGUGUGUUUUGUGUGCAGAGGAUGCUGGAUGUAGCCACUGAUCCAUGGGGAGUAAAGGUGGAGAGGGUGGAAAUGAAGGAUGUGAGUCUGCCUCAAGACAUGCAGAGAGCCAUGGCUGCCGAGGCUGAAGCCACCAGGGAGGCAAACGCCAAAGUGAUAGCCGCCAAUGGAGAGAGGGGUGCGUCGGAGAAGCUGCGCCAGGCGGCCGACAUCAUCGAUGAGUCCCCGGCCUCCCUCCAGCUGCGCUAUCUGCAGACCCUCAACACCAUAUCUGCAGAGAACAACCACACCUACGUCUUUCCCCUGCCCAUCGACCUGCUCAUGAAGUUCUUUGGGAAGCAGUGAUGGCCGCUCUACCUGUGGCAGACUGGAAUAUAUACUUUUUCGUAUAGAACUGAUACAUUAUGUAGUGUAGCAUGCAUGUGUCAAAAAUUUUUUUGCGAGAGGAUAAUGCGGUUAACAGA